GGCGGGGCCUUUGUUUGUUCGUGUCUCGGCUGGCAGGAACAAAGGGUCCGGUAGUAGUAGAACACAGUCCUCCAGACAAAUGACAUUUAAAACAUAUAAGCAGGAAUUGCAAAUUCACCAGAAGCGGGGAAGUAGCGGGAGUGUUUCAGUUCCCGUCGUCUGCUGUUUGGUUUAGGACCACAGGAGUACAUUAUCAGCGGCGGAGAAUUCACCAUCCAGCCGCUCCGGCUAGCAGCAAGGCUAGCUGGCUAGAGACACCGACCCGAGGUGUUGAGCAGCACCGCGUUUAGGUGGACGUUUCUCUGCAGGCUGUUCGUCAAAGUCAUUCAAGCUGUACUCUCCUAAGGAGCCCCCCAACGGCGGCAGCUUUCCCCCCUUCCACCCAGGCGCUAUGCUGGACAGAGAUGUGGGGCCUACACCCAUGUACCCCCCCUCAUACAUGGAGCCUGGAAUGGGGAGACCCACACCCUAUGGGAACCAGACAGACUACCGGAUAUAUGAGCUGAACAAAAGAUUACAGAACUGGACAGAGGACUGUGACAAUCUCUGGUGGGAUGCCUUCACCACAGAGUUUUUUGAAGAUGAUGCUAUGCUCACAAUCACUUUUUGUCUGGAAGAUGGUCCAAAACGAUACACCAUCGGCAGAACGUUGAUUCCUCGGUACUUCAGAAGUAUCUUUGAGGGGGGCGCCACCGAGCUCUUCUAUGUUUUGAAGCAUCCAAAGGAGUCGUUCCAUAGUAACUUUGUGUCUCUCGAUUGUGACCAGUGCACCAUGGUGACCCAGAACGGCAAACCUAUGUUUACACAGAUUUGUGUUGAGGGCCGCCUGUACCUAGAGUUUAUGUUUGACGACAUGAUGAGGAUCAAGACGUGGCACUUCAGCAUCAGACAACACAGAGAGGUCCUACCGAGGAGCAUUUUGGCUAUGCAUGAUCCCCAGAUGCUUGAUCAGCUGGCUAAAAAUAUCACCAGAUGUGGGCUGUCCAACUCCACGCUCAACUACCUCCGUCUAUGUGUGAUAUUGGAACCCAUGCAAGAAUUGAUGUCUAGGCAUAAAACCUAUAGUUUGAGCCCCAGAGACUGCCUGAAGACCUGCCUCUUCCAAAAGUGGCAAAGAAUGGUAGCGCCUCCAGCUGAGCCUGCCAGACAAGCUCCAAACAAGCGGCGGAAAAGGAAGGUGUCCGGCGGGAGCACCGUGAGCUCUGGCGGAGGCAGCAAUAACAACAGCAACAGUAAAAAGAAGAGUCCAGCCAACAGCUUUUCACUCUCCAGCCAGGUACCUGAUGUGAUGAUGGUGGGCGAGCCCACUCUGAUGGGAGGGGAGUUUGGUGACGAGGACGAGCGUCUGAUCACGCGGCUGGAGAACACGCAGUACGAUGGGGCGAAUGGCCUGGAGGAUGAGGACAGUUUCAACAGCUCACCUGCACUGGGGGCACACUCGCCCUGGAACAACAAGGCACCCUCCAGUCAGGAGAGCAAGAAUGACAACUCCCAGUCGUCCCAGUAGACGAAGGGGGUCCCAACUCUUUUUGUUUUGUUUUUUGUUUUUUUUUACCCCCCACCCCCCAAAAAAACUUACUGGGAUCCACCUGAGCCAACAUGCUAGCAAGAGGGGUCAGGGAGGGCGGCUUCGAGCACUUAUGUUGAGUUAAUUUUUAUUUGUUGUGUUUCAUGAUAAAAGGAGAGUGGGUGGUGAAAUAGAUGGACCAAUCGAGCUUAUUGCCGUCACACAAAGGCCAGUUCAGCCACUCUAGCUCCCUCACAUGAUCAUUGGUGCUCAGCCUUGGCCCUAGUCUGCCCGGCUACAACCAGUCCUCUUAGUGGUGUGGUGAGUCUGGCGGGCUGGCGGUGUGCGUGCAUGUGUGUUUACCCCCCCACCUCCCUCGUCCCGCAAUCAUCGCUCACCACAAUGUUUGAGCCAGAGUUGGCGUGUCCGGUUGUCCGAGUGCUCGCAGCGGCGCCCAUGUCAGCGGGUUCUUGUUCCAACCUCGGGUCUCUCAGGCGUGCGUUCCCGUCAGCCUCGCACCUCGCUGUUUCUGUUGUGCUCAUGUCACAGGGAAGGAAUGCUUAGCUUUCAUUUGACAUUUGUUUUUGCAGGCUGGAGAAAACUGUGUGCACUCUUAGUAUCAAAAUUCAACGUUCGGUUUUUAAAAACUCAAUUAUUUGUUUUUGUAGGACCUGGUUGGAACAAAAACCUGUACAGUGCCGGAGCUUGAGGACCGGAGUUGAGAACCACUACGCUAAAUCUUAAACACACACACACACUGACAGACACACACCCAUACACACACACACACACACACAUGCAAACACGCACACACUCACACCAGUGUGCACACACUAACACAGUCACCUUACACCUUCAGCAUAAAACGUUGAGGUACUGGAGAAAGGUGGUAUGCAGCGUGUCUGGACCAGAGCACCAGGCGCUAACAGAAGUGUGUUUUUAUUUUCUAUGUUUUAGACUUGUUUUGAUUUUGUUUUGUUUUUCAAUUUUUUUUGUAAACUAUUUCUAAAAAUAAACAGACAAGCAAGCCAACAAAAAACACCCCAGAAUAUUCUUUGCACUGUUUUCCACUAUUAACGGCAAUCUAUUUUUCUUAUGAAUUGACGGUGUAUUUUUUUUCCUUUUCUAUUAUUGCUAAUGUAAGAACUGUAAACAUCUGAAACCUGCAGUAUAUUAAUGUAGAAAUAUUGCUGUUAGAUCAUUCUUAUUGUGAUGGUAAAUAACUUUCAUGUAAGUCUAUCCUUGAUAUGUCAUCCAUGUGUCUCAGACAUCCAGCUGUCAUCUGGCCCAUUGGCUUCAGUGCUAAACAGGCUGGGGACAACAGGGCCAGUGCUUAACUAUCUGAUGCGAGUUCAGAGUAGCACACUGGAAACCAGUUUCCCCAGUUAAAUUUCCAUCGAGCACCUGGUUCACAUCUGUUGUCUUAUCAUCGCAGAACUGUUUGCUUUGUCUUCAGAUCUCUAUAUUGGGGUGGGGGUCCUCUAUUCAAAGAAUAUAAUGAUAGAAAUCAAAUUUGCUACUCAAAUAUUUUAAAAACAACUUUUGAUGGGGUUGUAAAAUAAGAAAUAAGACUUUUGUAUUAACUUAAGCUUCCCAGAAAUGUUUUUAAGUACAAUUAAGAAAGCUGCAGACCAAGGAGCUACAUGUAAAGAUUCUUAUACUGUUUAAACGGCGCUGUUUUAUGUUAUAUAAUGAAUCAUUUGUUGGCUUUACUCCUCAUGUUUGUGUCUGUGCUUGUAUAUUUUUAGGUAGUAAUUUCUGUAAAAGUUAUUCUAUGUAUUCCUCCCUAGAACUAUGAGAUACUCAAUCUAAUGUAAAGAGAUGAAAAACCUCUUAAGUUUUUUUUUGUUUUUUUUUUAAACGUGAUUUUUAAUGGUACAAUCACUGACUUAAAAAACGAUUUUGCCCGCAUUUUAGGAAACUGUAUUUAUUUUUCUAUGUACUGAUGUUCUCUUUAGGUUGAACCCACCUGUACAAUAUUCAUGAUGAUAUAUGGAGGAAUUUGUGGGGCUGCUGAGUCAGUUAAUGCCAACGGAGGUCAUUCUGUUGUGUUUCUUACGGAGAUGCAGUUUGCACAUCGUUCUGUUGGCUCAGUAUUAUCGAGGAGGAAUUUAAAUGCCAUCGAGGGUGUGGAAGCGUCAGGUGUAUUUGAAAACCAGUAAAUGGCAACGGUGACAAAGUGUUGACCUCCAAGUCAUCCAGUUGUAUGCCUCAAGUUCCUUAGAUGCUGGAAAUGUGCCACAAUGGUGCGACCUUUAUUGAAAUUUAAUAGGAUUGACCAAAACCUUUUAAUUAUAAUACUUAUGGUCUUGUUUUUAGGCUAUUUGAUGUCUGUUUUUCAGAUAAAUGUUAAUAUCUGAGAGAUGAGUUUAACAAAAAAGGAAGGUUGACCACUGACAUUGGAUCUUGCCCUUAGGGAAGUCGGUCUUAAAGCUGUGGUGUCAGGGUUUGCAGAGAAAUAGGGAAAAAGUUGCCUGACAGCAUCACCCAGAUGCCAGCUAACAGCUGUUGUAUGGUAAUUUGUAGACUGUCCAGCAGGGGUCUCACAGAGCACAUGAGUGCGCAGCCUGCCAGAAAUUCCUCCAUCUUUUUUGGCUGAAAAGCCAUCUGUAAAUCUACACUAGGCUGCAGGCUAUUGUGUUGAAAUCCUUAUUCAUCGUCUCCAGCACCCCUAGUCUACUUUUGUGGUGUUUCAGUUCAGCAGGCAGACAGAAUUGAAUCUAGGAGCAACUUAUCAACACCCUGUGUUUUCUGUUUGGGAAAUAUAAGGGUGUAUGAGACAGAGAUGAAAUGGCAAUGCACCCAUAGCUGGCUCCUGUAGCACCUCAUCAUGGGGGUGGUUUUAUAUCUAUAUUUUUUUGCCAGGUUUCUGUCAUUGAUAAUUCAUGUAUGGUAUCAAUAAAGAUGAAUUUUCACGGAAAAAUUUGGUUGUCUUUAU